AAAUCUGUCAUUCCCGUUCCGGCAUUCGUCCAUUGUGGUUGUGAUAUUUCAUCGAUCGUAAUUUUUCAAGAGAAUCAUGAGCGUCGACGUACACGGAAGAAAAAGUCAUGAAGCAAGAAAUUCAGCCGAAGAAGAUGAAAAAUUUUACGCUGAAAUUGGAAAAAAAUUUUGGGAACUAUCUAUGAGGGAAAACGUUAUGCCACAGAAGAAAGUUAAUGAUGAGUUAGAUUUAACGUCAUUUGAUCAUUGGGCAAAAGAUCAGAUCCUAUCCUUAAAUACAAGCGGAAGACGACCGGAAGUUAAAAUAAUCGAGGAAGAAGAAUUUGCGGCAUGUCUUGCUCUGGGAGUUCCACUUCGAUAUUUUAAAGAAAAGGAGGAGACAGAAUCUGAUUUAAACAGAAAGUUUCUGUUGUUACUUACAACAUUAAUUCGUGAAAUUCCGACGGCUUUAUUUAGUGAAUUUCAACGCGAUUUUGAAACAAUGGUAAAAAGAUAUAAAUGCAAAGCAAUUUUCCGAAGACAAAUAGCAUAUGAGGAGUAUAACUUGAGUCAGAGAUAUUCAAAGCCCAACUAUGGAUUCACAAUUUUUUGGGCAGAUCCUUCGACACGGCUUAUCUAA